CGACGUUUUCUUAGCGCGUGCGAGAUGACGCGCCGGUGAAUUUUAUUUUAAAGACUUGACGUAAUUUUUAUUUUAUACGCCGAUACAGUGAGUAACUACAAUGGCCGAUCAGGUAGAUUCAAUGUCAGAUGCGGAGCUUCGGACUAAACUAGCCGAGCAUGGAUUUCCAAUUAUGCCGAUCACUGCUUCUACCAGAAAACUGUUGGUAAAGAAAUUAAAACUCGUUUUGGACAAUAAAAGUAAGCCUCGUAACAGUGUCGACAGUAAAGUGGAAAGCAGACGUUCGCUCGCGCGUUAUUCGAGCGGCGAGGAAUCCGACUUGGACGCCAGCAAUGCUAAAGAUAAACGGGGAGGCCGACGGAGCAAAAUCGGGGGGUCCAUGUUACCGCCCGCCAGUAGCAAGACUCGCCACAUACCCGUUAAAAAAGAUUCCCCCGCUAAACCCGACUCCGACAAAGGAUCAGAGUCUGACGAAGAAAAAUCACCCGUGCGCAUACGCGAGAAAGUUGAAACUAUAACUACUCGUCAGAUAAAAAGAACUUACACAAAUGAUCAAGAUGACUAUGAAACAGGCUCCGAUAGUGAUGUUGAUGGUGACAAGAAAACCUCUACUCCUUACAGAAGCAACUCCAGAGCUAGUGAUCACAUAUCCAGCACACUACCCACUGCCAAUGCCAGCACCAGUCCCCCCAAGCCAUCUCUUUACACCAUUCCUUCCAUCUCUUCCACUAACUACUCAUCACCAAUACUUUCCUCCUCGGAUCAUUUGAAUUCAAUAAGGUCUAGGCUUGGGUUAACAUCUACAUUAGCUGAUAGGCCAUCUGUUAGCAGUUACAUAUCUGACUAUACAACAAACAAUGUAGAUGAAGUUGAAUCUCCUUAUCUAAGUAAUUUUACACGCCGCUUAUCUUCUUUGAAAUCAGAUCCGCCCAAAACGAGCACAUUUUUAGAUCAAGACACAAACAAUGGCAGCACUGUCCUGCCUCGCAGGUCUUACAUGACUGGUGUGACAAGAUCAGCAGAUGUUGUUGACUAUAAAACAGUAAAUGACAAAAAGUUUUUGAAAAACAACCUUGUGUCUCUUGCCCUUGUUGUAUUAGUUGCACUUUUUUUUUUUUGCUUAUUCUUUAUGUAUCUAGUUAAGAAAAAUGAUAUUGCCUCUGUGGUUGAUGAUCAAAACAGUGUCAUACCAAUAUGUCAAUUAAAUAUACCUGGAAAUAGACCGGGCAUCAACUGUGUACCCCGAGAACACGUCAGCUACGCAAAAGAUCUUCUAAAAGUCAUACAUCCGGAACUCACUACCCGAAUUGCCUCAUAUCAAUGUGGCAAGCAAGGAGCUCUGCCAUAUCUCACAGAAAAAGAAAUUAUUGAUAUUGCUAGUUCAAGAGCUGAGAUGGUAGAUGUGAGUCAAUGUCGGACAGAUUUGAAUAAUUUGCAAGUCCUGAUUGUUAACAACCCUCGAUGGGGUCUCUCUGUUGUUCAGUUAAAAAAUUUGUAUACUAAAGAUGUUGAGUACACCCCUAUUACUUCUGUCGACAUAGUUGUGCAGCAACGCAACAAAGGCAGUGUAGCUAUAACUUUGUCAGAUCCAUCUACUCCCAUAUCCUGUUUGUUUGUUAACACUCUCUACUCUGCUGGAUCUACAUUCAUCAUAGUUGGCUUGAUCAGUGUUGUAAUUCUUGGCUUACAAAGAUUUUAUAAAUACUAUCUGAGAUAUCAAAAAAAGAAGAGUGAAGAAAUCUACUCCAUGGUUGAACAGAUCAUAGAUAUUAUAUCUCAAGAAACUGAAGAUAGCGGAGAACCUUACAUAUCAAUUGAUCAUGUAAGGGACACCUUGAUAUCUCCCCAAAACAGAGAGAAAAUGGCAUCAACCUGGGAUGCGGCCGUGAAAUUCAUACAAACUAAUGAAAGCAGAGUGCGAAUGGAAGUGCAAUCGGUAGAUGGUGAAGAUUGCAGAGUGUGGAGGUGGAUUUCACCCCAUGGAAGCCCCAAGCGCAGCGCGGCAUGGCAGGGCCAGGCAUUUGAAACUCAAGAGGGAUCUGUAAACAAUCUCACCGUGUCUCCGACUCCUUGCCUGAAGAUCCGCCACAUGUUUGAUAAGAAUGACACCAACACAAAUUUGAGAUCGGUCAUCCAAGACGCAAUACUGGAGAAAUGCGGUGACAGGUGCAACAUACUACACAUUGACAUUGAUCGGGCGUCGUGCUGUGUCUACGUUAAGUGCUCAACGACGAUUGACGCAGGCGUGGUGUACAGGAGUCUGCACGGCUGGUGGUACGAGGGCCGGCUCAUCACGGUGAAGUACCUACGUCUGGAGAGGUACAUGCAGCGGUUUCCCAACUCUCCCUCAACGGGACCAUUUCUGAAGCCUUCACGUCGCCGCUGAUAAGAAAUGUAAACAGCUUACAAGCAUAAUAAGUAUAACCAACAAAGAAUUAGUUGUGAGUGAGCAGGCAAAUAGCACCGCAAAGCCAGCGGAAUUCUAAUAAGCAAGUUGCUUUUUACAUAAUUUUUUUUAAAGUUGAUUGUUUUGAUCCCCAUUUGCACAAUAGUUACAUAGACAAGUUAACAUAUUAUAUAUUUAAGUUGCAUGUUCAAAUUCUUUUGUUAAUAAGUUAUUUUCUACAAUUUUUGUAUUUUAGACUUAGGGUAUUCUAAUUUGACUCUUCAU